AUGUCAUGGAACGUAAGGGGCCUACAAAACUUCUUCAACCACCAGCAGCAUAUGAACAUUGAUAUUUACUGUAUUUGUGAAACAUGGGCUUCCAGCGAAAUCACUCUACUAGGCGACUGGGAUAAAUUCACCAUAGUUACAUCUCCAGCUGUCAAGGAAAAAUGUAUGGGACAUGCAUGUGGUGGUAUUGCAAUUAUAGCCAGAAGAGGCUUGGAAAUAAAGGUAAUCAACUCCUCAGAUAGUUGGCUUUUUGUAUCAGUCUCUGCCGGUUUGUCUUUCUUUGUUCUAGCCUGUGUCUACAUUAGACCAUCUCGUAACAUGGCUGCCUCACUUGACAUACUCCAGCAAACAUUAGAUGAGAUAAAUGAAACCACUGUAUAUCCACCAAUUAUACUCACCGGAGACUUUAAUGCUCAUGUUGGUAACCUAGAUGACAUCUCUGAAGACCUCAUUAUAGGCACAAAUUUAACGGAGUUUAGAACAUCAAUAGACACAAAAGUAGACACCAGGGGGCAUAAAUUAUACUCUUUUCUCCAAAACAACUCGAUGCACUUCACAAACGGAAGAACAAUUAGUGAUUCACCGGGUAAAAUCACGCAUAUCGGUAAGGGAUGCAGCACUAUCGACUACGUAAUCACAAAUGUACAAGCGUUUGAACAAAUUGUCAACCUAGAGGUACUCCAAUAUGAAAAUGAUUCAGAUCACUUCCCGUUGCUACUGCAAACCUACUUGUCAAAUACUUUUAAACGCGACAUAAGCUCAGACAACUAUGAUGAACCGGGAAGAGUAAUAUAUACUUGGCAACAAGACAAAAAAGAGGACUUCAAAUUACAUAUGCGUAACUCCCAUAGAAUAUGCGUGGAUUUCUCUGCUAUGUCAACAACUGAUCUCAGCCAUAAUCUCCAAGAAGUUAUGAAAUCUACCGCCAACCUUAUCGGCCUGACUAGAGAAAUUAAAUCAAAAAGAUAUAAGAAGAAAACCCAGCCCUGGUAUGAUACCGACUGCAAAAUUGUAAAAAAUAAUCUUAAGCUACUUUUCAAGCAAUUUAAAAAUAAUAACUUCCAGAGCAAUGCCAAAAAACAGUCCCUCGAUGCGAAAAAGAGCUACAAAGCUCUCAGAGCUGUGAGACGCUUCAAAAAUAAAUCCACUCCGAAUAACAAUCCAAUCGACAUAAACAUCUGGGAAAAUUUCUACGCUGAACACACCGUGCCAAAAGAUCAAGAUCAGUACACCUUCUUUGGAACAUUUGAUCCAUCACUUGAUAUGAAGUUUACAAUGGAGGAGCUAAAUGUAGCUAUUAAAUGUAGCAAACCAAACAAAUCUCCAGGUCCCGACUGUAUCAAGAAUGAAUAUUACAAAUCGCUGUCUCAAAAUUGGAAAUUAUAUAUACUUUGCAUGUUUAACAAAGUACUGGAGACCGAAAUGAUCCCGGAUGACUGGUUCACGUCCACGGUUACGUUACUACAUAAAAAAGGAUGCAAAUUAGACCCUGCGAACUAUCGUGGGAUAGCCUUAAUAAACCACUGCUCCAAAUUAUUUACAUCCAUGCUCAACAGAAGGUUAGAAAUUUGGGCCGAGUCCAACAAAGUCAUACCGGAAACCCAAGCAGUAUGGAUUCAGACCAUUGAGCAGCGUGCAGGACUGAUAACCAGGAGGAGUCGAGUUCGAACCCAGCGGACGCCCGGAAUUUUUCAUCAAUUAAAAUAG